GCAAGUUUUUGCCUUUACUCAGUUAGAAAAAUGCGCUGAAAUUCAUACCGGGGUCCUCUCUCUUCUCUAUAUAUAAUACUAUACUACUGCUCUGUGUUUUUACCCAUCUGCAAAUCUAGAAUUUGGUCUUCCCUUCUUCUAACCUCAGUUGCCCAGAUUCAGGAAGACGAGAGUUGGCUUGGAAGUGAGCAAUGGCGAAUAGGAACAUUGAGAAGCUGGCCUCCAUUGAUGCACAGCUUCGGCUUAUUGUCCCGGGGAAAGUGAGUGAAGAUGACAAAUUGAUUGAAUAUGAUGCUCUGCUUCUGGAUCGGUUUCUUGACAUUCUUCAGGACUUGCAUGGAGAGGAUCUCAAGGAGACGGUUCAAGAGUGUUAUGAGCUUUCAGCCCAGUAUGAGGGAAAGCAUAAUCCUCAGAAGUUGGAAGAGCUUGGAAAUGCUUUGACUAGUUUGGAUCCGGGGGACUCCAUUGUUGUUACCAAGGCUUUCUCCCACAUGCUUAACUUGGCCAACCUGGCUGAAGAAGUGCAGAUUGCUCACCGCAGGAGGAUCAAGUUGAAGAAAGGUGAUAUAUCUGAUGAAAACUCUGCAACUACUGAGUCAGACAUUGAGGAAACUCUCAAAAGACUAGUGGUGGAUCUCAAGAAGUCUCCUCAGGAAGUUUUUGAUGCUCUUAAGAAUCAGACUGUGGAUUUAGUCUUCACUGCUCAUCCUACCCAAUCAGUUCGUAGAUCUUUACUUCAGAAGCAUGCAAGGAUACAGAAUUGUCUGGCCCAGCUCUAUGCUAAAGAUAUUACUCCAGAUGAUAAGCAGGAGCUUGAUGAAGCUCUACAGCGUGAGAUUCAAGCUGCAUUUCGUACAGAUGAGAUCCGAAGGACCCCUCCAACUCCACAGGAUGAGAUGAGGGCAGGAAUGAGCUACUUCCAUGAGACAGUUUGGAAGGGUGUCCCCAAAUUCUUGCGCCGUGUUGACACAGCUUUGAAGAACAUUGGGAUUGAUGAACGAGUUCCCUAUAAUGCCCCACUCAUUCAGUUUUCUUCAUGGAUGGGUGGUGAUCGAGAUGGUAAUCCAAGGGUAACACCUGAGGUUACAAGAGAUGUUUGCCUGUUGGCUAGAAUGAUGGCUGCGAACCUGUAUUAUUCCCAAAUUGAAGAUUUGAUGUUUGAGUUGUCAAUGUGGCGUUGUAGUGAUGAGCUUCGUGUUCGUGCAGACGAACUCCACAGAACCUUGAGGAGAGAUGCAAAACACUACAUUGAGUUUUGGAAACAAAUUCCUGCCAACGAACCAUACCGUGUUAUUCUUGGUGAUGUGAGGGAUAAGCUUUAUCAAACACGUGAGCGGUCUCGCCAAUUAUUAUCCCAUGGUAUGUCUGAGAUUCCAGAGGAGGCAGCUUUUACCAAUGUCGAACAGUUCCUUGAACCUCUGGAACUGUGUUAUAGAUCACUCUGUGUUUGUGGUGAUCGGUCAAUCGCUGAUGGAAGCCUCCUUGAUUUUUUGAGGCAAGUCUCCACUUUUGGACUCUCACUUGUCAGACUUGACAUCCGGCAAGAAUCUGACCGUCACACUGAUGUUAUCGAUGCCAUUACCAAACACUUGGAAAUUGGUUCCUAUCGAGAGUGGCCUGAAGAACGCAGACAACAGUGGCUAUUGUCAGAAUUAAGUGGCAAACGACCAUUGUUUGGACCUGAUCUUCCAAAAACUGAAGAAAUAGCAGAUGUUUUGGACACUUUUCAUGUGUUAGCAGAGCUCCCAGCAGACAACUUUGGAGCAUACAUCAUUUCAAUGGCAACUGCACCUUCUGAUGUGCUUGCUGUUGAGCUUCUGCAGCGUGAAUGCCAAGUGAAGCAACCAUUAAGAGUUGUUCCACUGUUUGAGAAGCUUGCUGAUUUGGAGGCUGCUCCUGCUGCUUUGGCUAGACUUUUCUCAAUUGAUUGGUACAGAAAUCGGAUCAAUGGCAAACAAGAGGUCAUGAUUGGGUACUCAGAUUCUGGCAAGGAUGCUGGGCGUCUCUCUGCUGCCUGGGAGUUAUAUAAAGCUCAAGAGGAGCUUAUAAAGGUUGCUAAGCAAUAUGGUGUCAAGCUGACCAUGUUCCAUGGUCGGGGUGGGACUGUUGGGAGAGGUGGUGGUCCCACCCAUCUUGCUAUAUUGUCUCAACCACCAGACACCAUUCAUGGGUCACUUAGAGUUACAGUUCAAGGUGAAGUCAUUGAGCAAUCAUUUGGAGAGGAGCACUUGUGCUUUAGAACACUGCAGCGUUUUACAGCUGCCACUCUAGAGCAUGGUAUGCGUCCUCCAGUUUCUCCAAAACCAGAAUGGCGUGCCCUGAUGGAUGAAAUGGCCAUUAUUGCCACAGAGGAAUACCGUUCCGUUGUCUUCAAAGAACCUAGAUUUGUCGAAUAUUUCCGUCUUGCUACACCAGAGUUGGAGUAUGGUAGGAUGAAUAUUGGAAGCCGUCCAUCAAAGCGAAAGCCAAGUGGGGGUAUUGAGUCUCUCCGUGCAAUUCCGUGGAUAUUUGCCUGGACGCAGACAAGAUUCCAUCUUCCUGUCUGGCUUGGAUUUGGAGCAGCAUUUAAACAUGUUAUUCAGAAGGACAUUAAAAAUCUCCUUAUGCUGCAGGAAAUGUACAACAAUUGGCCUUUCUUCAGAGUCACCAUUGAUUUGGUUGAAAUGGUUUUUGCAAAAGGUGACCCCGGGAUAGCAGCCUUGUAUGAUAAGCUCCUGGUUUCUCAAGAGUUGUGGUCUUUUGGCGAGCGGCUGAGGGCUAACUAUGAAGAAACAAAGAGCCUUCUCCUCCGGAUUGCUGGGCACAGAGAUCUUCUUGAGGGGGAUCCACACUUGAAGCAAAGACUCAGGCUGCGUGAUUCAUACAUCACAACUCUCAAUGUUUGUCAAGCUUACACACUGAAACGCAUUCGUGAUCCAAAUUACAGCGUGAAGCUCCGGCCUCACAUCUCCAAAGAGAUUACAGAAUCAAGCAAACCAGCUGAUGAGCUUGUAAAACUGAACCCAACAAGUGAAUAUGCCCCAGGUUUGGAGGACACCCUCAUCUUGACCAUGAAGGGUAUUGCUGCUGGACUGCAGAACACCGGUUAAACCUAGCUCUUAAUUUCACAUAUUCCUUCCAUUUUUCGUUAAUCUAAGCUGCUUUUCCACCAACAGCCUUUUUCCAUAAAUCCACAAAAUAUAUCCAUGUACCUAAAACUGGAUGCCUUUCAGUAACAUGCCAUAAGGUCUGAAUUUCAGAUGAUCUUUUAUAACUUAUGCUUUGCUAUGAUCCGGUGCCGUCUGCACCAUCAGUGUUUCUUAUAUCUAUACAGAAUAAAACUCAUGAAAGCUUGUCAUUCAUGCUUUAAUGAAAUAUGUUAGGCCUU